AUGCCACAGGAUGCUGUUGUUCAGCUUGCCAAACACAGCGCUUACGACGGAGACGCAGUCCAGCAGCUCAGGGCUCUAAGCAGCGAGGCUUUGGAAGAGCUGUUGAGGGACCUUUGGGAAGCUGCGCUGUCCGGCAGUGGUAGUGGAGGUGCCUGGGCUGUUCAAGCUGCCUGGCUCGGGUCUCCAGGGCGGCUUUCCGAGCUCGCAACUUCCGGUUCCCAUGCUGUGGGCGUGCGUGCUUUGACCGCGUUGUUGAAGACCGAUCCUGCAAGACUUCUCAGCCUUCUUGGCUUUUGCGGCGAUGGUGGUGUUGUUGAAACAAGUUCCUUGAGUGCGGCACGUCGGCGUGUGGCGCUGCGUACGCUGGGGCGAUUGAGUCGCACUACCUUGGAAGGCCUCGUGACCCCCGAGCUUCUCAACAAACUCGUUUCAGUUCCCAGUGAUUGCCCUUCGGCUGCCCGGCUGCUGAAAGGAGCAAACCCAGAGAUUGUCGAAGUCUGGUGGCCCAAGUUGCCAGUGCCCUGUAGCACGGCCAUCUCCAUUGCAACACGGCUGCCGCAGCUGACCCUACAGUUGAUCGUUGAUGCCCCGCAGCGGUGGAAGGAGCAUGAGCUCCACAAGGUGGUCUCGGCUUGUGCGGCUUCCGCACCAGCGGCUCUCGGGUUUCUGGUACAGUGUGCACAGCAAGCGGCUUUCAAGAAGGCCGCAGCGCAGCCGAAGCUGUUCCUGUGGAUUUUGCAGGGUCUUUCCAGGAAGGCACCCCAGGAGGGAUUGGCAGCGGUGGCUCGGCUGCCUGGUCUUGGCCGUGCAGACCUGAAGCAAUGGGGUGCCGUUCUGCGCGUGUGUGCCCGGCGGGGAGAUUCGUGGCCACUCGCCUUGGAGGUCGCAGUCAAGCUGGUCGAGGAUCCUGCCGAUCCCGCUCCUCUCUUUCGUGCGCUGCAGCCAGAAAAGCCACUCUCGAAGGAGCAGCUCGGAGCCCUCUUCAGCCGGCUGGGCCUCCAGCAUCUCGGGGGCUGCCUGAAGGAUCUCCAGCCUUGGAAUCAGGACCGUGACCUGGAGGAGGCGCUUUCCGCACUGGUCGAUUCCAUGCCUCACCCACCGGCCUCCAUCUCGGGCCUUGCGCAGUGGACCCCGCAAGCCAGGAGGCUCUUGACGCAGAAGCUCACGGAAAAGAAGCCUCCGGAAGUUGCAGGAGGGCCUCCGGAUAGCAAUUUUCUGGAGGCAUUGUCCUGGCAGCCUUACGCAGAUGUCGAAGCGGAGAUCAAGAAGCGCUGCAGCAGUUCCAACGCGAGUGCACGGCAAGCAGGACUCUGCAGCCUGAUCCUCUGUGCAGGCAGAGAUGGGCCAGUGGCAGUGACAGACACGUUGAAGUUCUUCGACCUCCGCCUCCGGAAUGAACAAGACAAUGUGCGGGCAGGCGUCCUUCGCCAGAUGGUUGAAGUACCGGUGCUUGUCUGGCAGGAUGUACACAUCCCUUCCCUGAGACAGUUGCUCACGUCAUCCGUGCAGGCCAAAGGCACCAGUUGGGAGUCUCUGUCGGUUUGGCGGCUGCUGGUCGAGGCCCUGAUGGCCAAUGGUGCGGCCUUGCGCACUGAACUCGGGCUGGGCGCAUAUGGAACGUUUGCACUGGAAGUGAAGUCGCAGUUGACUGACGCCUUGCUUUGGAACGCGAACGAUGCGGAGUUUGGAUCCGGUGUCCUCUGUCAAACUGCGCGGCUGGAGCCGCAACUGGCCUUUCUCGCUUUUCCGUGGCUCGUGGAUUUCCUGCGGCCCAGCAUUCGGGCGUUGCUGGACUCGCGGAGGGUCGAUCAGGCCUGCGCGCUGCUGGUUCAGUGGGACAGCCAGCGCCUCGAAUUCCUUCGAAAACUGCCAAGUGGCGGCCGCCCCACGGUGCCCGACAUCACCAACGCCUGUGCAGCCUUCGCUGUGUUGCUGCGGGAGACCGUCGCGACUGCUCUGCAGGGAAUCCACAGCAUCCACUUCUCGGCCGCGGCCUGGGCCCAGGCCGCGCUUCAGUCUGUGCUUCUGCCGUCCUUUGCCCACCUGAAGGACUCCCAGAACCUCACAUGGGCACAGGAGCAGGCGGUGCGAUGCCUGUGCCAACUCUGCAGCUCCUGGUGGCAGACCUUUGUCGGCCGCAUGGGCUCGGCGCUUCCCUGGCACACGUCGCUGGCAGUGCAGUUUUUGGGCAGGCCGGAGGCUCGGCACCUGCAGCGGCGGAACGGCGCUCUCUUCAACGAGCUAGUGCAGGCACUCUGCGGAAAUUGGGACUCGAUGGCGGAGUGGCAGAAACGACAAUUCGCCGGAGUGGUAACGCAGCAGUGGGGCGGAGCAUGUCGAUCGGCAGAGACUUUUUCGGGCGUGGCACCUUUGCUGCACCGACUCUGCGAUUGGCCCGACGCGCACGUCGUGGAGCAGCGCAGCACCAACAAGCGCAUAGGCGAAGUCACCAACAAUAUUCGGUUGCGCGAGCGAGCACAAGAGCUGGUGGCGCGCCAGAGGUCGGGAAGGGCGUCCUUGCUCGCUCGAUGGAGGCGCCAGGACGCAUCGCUGAAAGCCGAGCUGCUCUGCACCUCCCGAGUGCUUCUCAGGGCCUUGCAGCACAAGCCCGAGGCGAUUCAGUUGCUGGUCGGUUUCGAAAGCGACAAGCUGCAACAGCUCCAGCGCCUCAUGGCCUCCUGGAACUGUAGCGGCUGUCCUCUGCACUUCUUGAACGAGGAAUGGAAAGGUCCUCGGCAGUUUUUCUCCUGGCCCGUGGCGCUGCAGCGGUCCUUUGCCAAUGUUUGGCUGGAUCCGGGGCCUUUGGGGCUCCGGGAGUUCCAGGAAGUCACCAUCCCCUGGGAAGUGAAGUUGGCGCAGUGCCGCCUGCGUCUGGCGCUGCCAGCGCUAGGCGCUGAGGAGCUGGGCAGCGUGCUGGAGGCCUGCACCGAAACCUUGAACCAAGAGCACCAAGAGGACAACACGGCCGUGGCCAUAGCCCGAGGCCGGGCCGGUUGGCUUCUGGACCGGCUGAUCCCUGUCAUGGCUCGCGCCGACCGGCCCAAGGAGGUGUUUCAGCUAAUCUCCAGGCAGCUGGGACAGGGCAACUCCAAACAAGCCGCUCGCAGCUUCCAGCACGUGCUGCGGAGGCUUGGCCCCAUUGAUGCGCAGAACGCUCUGGAAGCUGCGCUCCAGAGCCGCUUGAAAGUGGCAGAGCGUGUGGCGCUGCUCCGGGAUUCGAGCGAGCUCGGCCUCUUCAACGGGUCAGAUGCCAACUUUGUCGCUCUGCUUGAGUCCCUCUACGAGAGCCACCGUGACGUGGGCGGGGCCGUGCUCGCUGCGCUGUGCAAAAUCGGGCAGACGUCCCUGCUAAAACGCGUGAGCCAAGACGACAGAUCGCUGUACCAGCUGCAGGUUAUGCUCGGCCAGCUUCAAAGCACUUCGGGGUCCUUUUUGGGGGAUGAGGUGGCGAGCGUUCUGGCGAUGUUCUGCCAAAGACCUGGAUUGGGUGUGCAGUCCUUGCAGGUGCUCUCGGCUUGGGCGCAGUCAAGGAGAACCCGCGAUGCAGGCACCGUGGCCCAAGUUGCAAGUGCAUCGUCUCAAGCCCUGGCUUCAAAAGACGAGGGUUUGUGGGCACCAGCAGCAGGCUGUUUGGUCUCCCUGGCUCACCUGGACUCCAGCCCACUUACAACCAUCUUCUGCCAGCUCAGCGCCGAGGUCGCAAAUCUACUUCGUGCCUCCUCUCGACUCAGGGUCCUAACGCAGCGCCUUCUGCACGCGAAGGCCUCCUCAGAGGCUUCGGAGGCCUUGGUGCUGGCAGUCGUGUCGGCGGGCUUUCCUGACGCCUUCUGCGCUGGCCUUGCGCUUUGGCUUGGAGCUUUGGGCCACGUGCCUUCACUGGAACGAGCCUGCGAAGGUUCUGGAGGCAUUACAGAAUCUCCCUUCUUUGCACCCCAUCCUCCUGCCUGUGCUGCUCUCCAGCUGCUCCACAUCACUAGCCCAGCAGAGACCCCAAGCACUGCGUGA